AUGGCGGGGGUAAACUCGUUUUUGUCGAGAGUCGAGGCGCACAAGGCGGCCACCCCGUCUCGCGAUCCCCACGCUAUCCGGAUCAGUGACAUGCCUGAAGAGGUGUUACUACACAUCUUCACGUUCCUGUUCGUCGAGGAUUUGAUGGUCAUUGGCGCCGUGUGCCGCGUGUUUCGCGCCAUCUCCAAAGACAACAACCUCGCCAACAACUUCCGACGUAACGUGAACGUGUGCUUCAUCGGGAGCUGCGGCACGGGCAAGUCCACCCUCGCUGGCCAUCUCCAGCUUCUGCUGGGGGAGACCAAGCAGUCCGACAUCAACAACGCAGCCGAGGCCGCCAAGGUCCUGGGCAACCUCCGCCCCAAUGCCAAGAUCACCUUCAUCGCCUCCCGGCGCAAGGCCGAUCGCGAGCGGGGCGUGACGUCGGACAACAACUAUCUGCACGUGCUGGGUUCGCACCACCCGAUCGGUUUCACGUUGAUCGAUUCGCCCGGCCACCGCGACUUCUUCCGGAACACCCUCCGCGGCUUCUUGCAGAGCGACAUGGCCGUCUGGGUGGUCGACCGGGUGCAUCAGACGGGCGAUCUAUACUCUCGCUCUGACUCCUUCUGCGAGGCGCCGCUCCUGAUUGCCGGCUCCAACAUGCGCUGUUCCAUUGUGGUGGUCAACAAGAUGGACGAACGGAAGAAGAAGAAGAAGAAGAAGAAGAAGAAGAAGAAGAACUACGACAAGAACGAAGGGAAGAGUGUAGGGAUACUGACGACCGACGUGCCCGCGAAGGAAUGGAGCACGUCCAAGUUCGACGAGAUUAAGAUCCAGCUGGCCCAGAUCCUCACCAAACGUCGCGUCAAGACUGACAACGUUAUAAUCGUGCCAGUGAGCGCAGCCACCGGCUGGAACAUUGUGCACCGCACCGUCGUGCCGCCCGGGGAGGAGAAGCGGGAGGACAUCAGGCUGACCUACCAGGGUCCGACCCUGUGGGAGGCCAUCGUCCGGCUGGCGGUCAAGACGCCCAAGAAGGCUCCCAAGAAGCCCUUCCGCAUGAGCGUCGUUAAGAUGUGGAACACCACACUCGUCCCCGGCGAGCGUAAGCGAGGCGUGGUGUUGGGCACGGUCCUGCAGGGCGGGAUCAAGGUCAACAGCACCGUUCGUCUUUCGCCGUCCCCCAGCGCACUGGACACUCGCCCGGAACUCGCGGUGUGGGGCAUCGGUUAUGGUAAGCUGAAGCGCAACUUGGCCCCGCCCGGCUGCCUGGUGGCGCUCCUCCUCCCUUCGGGCAAGACCAUCCCGCCCUUCCACAAGCGCGGCCAGGACGGAAGCGGAUGGGUGGCGUACAACCCGGCGAAGGAGCCCGACUUCAUGGUCGAGACGCGAUACUUCAUGGCGCAGGUGCUCCUCUUCUUCGGCCCCUCCAUCAACCCCGCCCUCCCGCCCGCCACCAAGUUCAAAAUCCAUGCGGGCUAUCGGCCGCUGCUUCAUUUCGUGAGCGGCACGUUCACGGGCCAGGUGGUGGCGAUCCACGAGGCCGUCGACAUCAAGACCAAGAAGGUGCUCGAACAGAACCCGAAGUCCGCGGGCGGCGUGGGCAAGCUCUUCACCAUGACCAUCGCCUCCAAGGUCGCCCGCGCGAUCGAACCCUACUCCAAGAGCCCCGCAUUCGGUCGCUUCUUCCUCACCGACAACAAUGUGUUGGUGGGUGCCGGCAUUGUGCAGGCAACGGCGCCGGCCAAGAUCGGCCCGAGCUUUGCUUCGGUGGCCGUGGGCGCUGCGCGUAACACCUACUCAUUGCCGCAUGCCUGCGAAUCGUGCCCUGCCACCUACCCCCUUUGGGGUACGCGGGUCACCGUAGCCUACGCCACGCCCGAGAACAAGAACAAGCCCAGGCGCGGGGUGUGUGCGAACUGCUUCUUCGAGGCCUGGUCGAAGGACCCCACCAUCGCCGAGCGCGCGUACAGCCCGUAG